AUGGGAUCUCCCCUGAGCGAUCUCAAAGAAGCGUUGAGAGCAACCAUCCAAUCAGCGAUCUCAAAGAAUGUAACCCAUCUCCAGAUGUUUUUCCGAUAUCAAACCCUGAUCAUGACCAUCAAUGAGAAGCUUCAUCUCGAACUAUCUUUUUUCUAUUUUUCGUGGGAUGAGAAUGGGCAGGCUGGUGCCUUGGCCGAAUUCAUUCUCAAAAAGCCAAACCAUGUAAUGGACCAGCCCACAUGCUAA